CGAACGAGAGUAUGGAGAGCAAUGGACGCACAUGCCGGACCUUUGCAUGUGCGUUUGAUAUGCCUGCGCACUUUUGCCUCUUUCCCGCUCACGGCGACCCUCCCAACCUCAACAACGACCUCUUACGACUUGCUCGCCUUUAAGCGUCUUUCAACUCGCUUGGAGCGCACUUCUCAUGACUGUGCCAUUGAAAUGAGCCAAUGAAACUUGAUCAACGCUAUUCAACGUCAUCACUUUCGCGUACCCCCGCAGCGGACCAGCAAGACGCUCCUUCAACCCCCGCAAUCACCAGCACUCACAUUUUAACCUGCAACAAUGGGCGCCCAAGGGUCACAUCUCGAAGACAUGGUGGCAACCACAAACUUCUCAGCUGAAGAAAUCCAAAGACUAUACAAACGCUUUGUAAAACUAGAUAAAGACGGCUCAGGCUCCCUCACCAAAGAAGAAUUCCUUUCCCUUCCCCAAGUUGCCAAUAACCCUCUCGCACAGCGUCUAUUAGCCGUCUUUGACAACGAUGGCUCAGGGGACGUGGAUUUUAAAGAAUUCAUUUCUGGAUUGAGUGCGUUUUCAACAAAGGGGAACAGGGAAGAGAAACUGAAAUUUGCAUUCAAAGUCUACGACAUGGACCGCGACGGCUUCAUAUCAAACGGCGAACUUUUCCUAGUUCUCAAAAUGAUGGUCGGAAAUAACCUAAGAGACAGCCAAUUGCAACAAAUCGUGGAUAAGACAAUCAUGGAGGCAGAUCUGGAUUUGGACGGGAAGAUAUCAUUUGAAGAAUUUCAAAAGAUGGUGGAAAGCACGGACGUGGCACGACAAAUGACGUUAGAAGAUGAUCGAAUUUGAUGUUGUGAUUGGAAGGGAUGGGGAUACUCUGUUGUCAACAAUUAUUGGCUGUGAGUAAUACCUGGGCUGUUUAUUCAAUAGAUAUAGUGAUUAACGGAGAGGUCUCAGUUCUAACGAUGGUUGAACGGUUGAUACUGUAGGCAACACGUGGGGGGUUUUCCAAUAUCGUAAUACUAGUGCAAAAUCUCUAUAGCUGCUAAUUAAUGCCAAAAAUUCCAGCUUGCAUUAUGCGUGCGUUGUGCAUGUGUGGAUGGAGAUCUUAACCUCCGCCAAUUAGGGAAUACUGGGUACAACUGCGUAGAGGAUCUAAUAAGAGGGGCCUUGUCCCGACUUGCG